AACUCCUUCGGUUCCUCAAGGAAUAUGCUAAAUCUAUUUUAAAGAAAUUCCUCAAGGAAUUCCCGUAGAAUCUUCUAAAGGAAAUCGUAGAAGAACUCUCGAAGGAAUGUCUUAUGGAAUUUCCCAAGAAGCUUUAGAAAUAAAGGAAUUCCUCAAGAAAUUUCUGAAGAAUUUGUCAAGGAAUUUCCGGUGGAAUUCCUCAUGGAUUUUUGAAAUAAAUUCCUGAAAUUAUUCUUUAAUUGAUUCUUUUGAAAAUUUCCGAAUGCAUUCCUCUAGCAACUUCCAAAGAUAUUCCUUCAGGAAUUUCAGAAGAAAUUUUCAAAGAUUUUUUUCCGGUAAUUUCGAAGGAAUUCAUUAAAGGAUUUUUCGAAGAAAUUUCUCCAAAAAUUUCUUAGGGUAUUCCUCAAGGAAAGGAAUCUUAGUUUGAUUGGAAUUUUUGAAAGAAUUCCCGGAGAAAUUCAUAAAGUAUUUUUCUGGAGCUUCUCAAACGGAUUUCUGGUGGAAUUAAGAAUGAUAUUUGUAAAGAAUUACUGGGGAAAUUCUCAAAAGAAUGCAUGGUGAAAUUCGUAAUGAAACUUCUGGAGGAAUUAUUGAAGAAAUUUCUGAAUGUAUUCCCAACGGAAUUACUGCAAGUUUUCCGAAGGUAAUUUCUGCUGGAAUAUCUACAUUAAAAUAACCUGGAAAAGUUUUAAAGAAAUUUCUGGAGAAACUGCUGGAUAAAAUCAAUUUCAUGGUGGCAUUUGUUAAGAAAUUCCUGAAGCAAUAUCUUGAGGAAUUCCUCAGGAUUAUAAUCAUAUAUGAUUCUUCCAUUGAACCAUUCCUGUUAAUCACCCAUAUUUCAUACUUCACUUUUAUUUUUUUUUAAAUGAUGAAGUAUUUGAACUCCUUUUUACUGCAAAGUGGGUUUCAGUGUAAGGGUGCUCGCCCCCCCUGGCCGAAAAGCUAGCUAUGCCCUUGCCUGGAAGAAUUCCUCAAAGAAUCAGAAUUUACUGGAGGAAUCUUAACAUUCAAGGACGCGCGUCCUGAAGGGUUAAAAAAGGAAUCCCAUUAGAAAUUUAUGAAGAAAACUUCACAGAAAUUCCUGGUGUUAACUUAUCAAAAGUUCCUGAAGGAAUUUCAAAAGGCAUUCCUUGAGAAACACCAAAAAUAAUUUCAUAAGAAUUUCCGUAAGAAAUACCUCGAUAAAAUUGUUGGAUGAAUUCCUGGAGUUAUCCAUGGAAAUAAUCUCUGGAAAUAUGAUGGUAGAAUACAAUGAUGAUGACCUGUAUUAUUUCAGUACUUAGUAUCUCGCUUAGUAUCAUGUAAGUUCAAUAUUUUCCACGAUUUUCGAAUUUCAUGCUCUGUGGGUAUCUUUAUUCUUAAAUAUUAAUCAGGUUGAUUAUGUUUCAACUAAAUAUGUCUGGCUUUGUUGAGAAUUCCAAUACAAGCCAAUUUUUCAAGCCUACCGAUAACUACCGAUUUUUAUUCAGUAAAUCUACCGAUUUCGAAGAAAACCAUCUGGCCACCCUGCCCACCACCCAUCUCUGACUGACACCAGUGGUCAGCAACAUCGAUGGGUCGAUAGUUUUUUUUUUUUAUUUCGGCUGGAUAAACCAUGGGAACUUACUGGACCAACUGCGGCCGCAAAAUCAACGCUAGGAUCGUACAAAAAUCUCCAAACGUGCUGAAUCUGUCGAUUGAAAACGUCGAACUGAACCGCGAGCGUUUGCUACGACUGAAGCUGGCCGCCGCGGUAUUGUUCCUGUAUGCAUUGACAAUUUUGAUGGUCGGGAGUGGAAGGAACGUUCUGUGGUUCCACGGCGCAUUUGUGAUUCUGCUCGGUCUGAUCGCAUUCAGUUAUACACAGAUAGUGCGAAAUGAGAGCUUAGUUUUAGUGAAAGAUUUUGCCCUGCAGUAUUCAACCAAUUUCAUAGGUGGUUCUACCAAGAACGUACUUAUUCCCAUCAAGCACAUCCACGAUGUGGUGAUAAACGAAGCAUUCCACAAUCUAAAAGUUGUCUUCAUUCUGACGGUUUUAACCAAAGGAAAUCUCUUAAAAAGCAGGCCUGCAAUAACCUUGCUAAAUCACCUGAACCCGCGAGUGGACUGUUUGGAAAUGAUUUACAACGAAGUGCAUACAAUUUUAGAUAUAGAAAAUGAUUGAAAUAAAUUUAUUAAUACAUGGACAACGUUUCUUACCGUCUCUA